CUAAGGUACAUGUGUCAAUUCUGAUAAAAUUUCCUUGAGAGGGGAAAAGCGAUCGGCUUCAAGCACAGGAGGAACGCCGAGAGCUGGCUGGCGAGGGUUACCCGCAAGCAGGAAUGCAAGGGCCGUCACUUCUUCCAGGACUCUUCUUUCUGCUACGCUUGUCGGGAGUCGUGGCUCAGAAGACCAACGCAGCUCGCUGUGCUCAGUGCCCCCAAAAUGCUUCCUGUGUCAAUGUCACUCACUGUGCCUGCAACCCUGGAUACGCUUCUGAAUCUGGGCAGAAAUUCUUCACAUUCCCCUUGGAGACAUGUCAAGAUAUUGAUGAAUGUAAACCACCCGUUAGUAUAUAUUGUGGAGCGAAUGCUAAAUGUCAGAAUGUCAAAGGAAGUUUCUACUGUCACUGUCACUCUGGAUACGAGCUCCUCUCUGGGGGGACACAGUUCAAGAAUUCCAAUGAGAACACCUGUCAGAAGACCACCACCCCAGCGACAACCACAGGCAAGAAAGAGGUGCAACAGAUUGUUGAGGAAUUCGAGUCACUUCUCACCAAUAAGACUCUAUGGGGAACAGGAGAGAAGAGAGAAAUCGCAUCCCAGGCCACAAAGAUUCUCCAGACUAUGGAGUUGAAUGUUCUAAAAACUGCCUUGGAAGCCCCAGACCGAAAACUCCAGAAAGUCCAGAACAGUACUGUUGCUAUUGAAACUCGAGUUGUUACAGAAAAUUGCUCCGAGGAAAGCAAGAUCUUCACUUUGAAUGUGCAAAUGAACUCAAUGGAUAUCCAUUGCAAUGACAUUGUCCAGGGAAACAUACAAGGUCCCAGUGCAGUCGCCUUCAUUUCAUACUCCUCUCUUGGAAACAUCAUAAAUGCAACUUUUUUUGAAGAGAUGGAUGAGAAAGAUCGAGUUUACCUGAACUCCCAAGUAGUGAGUGCUGGUAUUGGACCCAAAAGGAACACAUCUUUCUCCAAGUCUGUGACUCUGAGUUUUCAGCACAUGAAGAUGAGGCACGGCAGCAAUAAGGUCUUCUGCGUCUACUGGAAAAGCACGAACGGGGACGGCCACUGGUCCCAGGAUGGCUGUUUCCUGAAAGAAGUGAACGAAAGUCACACCACGUGCAGUUCCACCCACCUGUCCAGUUUCGCUGUCCUCAUGGCCUUCAACAGCCAGGAGGAGGACCCCGUGCUGGCUGUGAUCUCCUACGUGGGGCUGGGCCUCUCUCUGCUGUGCCUCCUCCUGGCGGCCCUCACCUUCCUGCUGUGCAGAGCCAUCCAGAACACCAGCACCUCGCUCCACCUGCAGCUCUCCCUCUGCCUCCUCCUGGCCCACCUCCUCUUCCUCACGGCCAUCGACCGAACCGAGAUCAAGGUGCUGUGCGCCCUCAUCGCGGGUGCCUUACACUAUCUCUACCUGGCCUCCUUCACCUGGAUGCUGCUGGAGGGCCUGCACCUCUUCCUCACUGCUCGCAACCUGACGGUGGUCAACUACACCAGCGCGAGCAGGUUCAUGAGGAAGCUCAUGUUCCCUGUGGGCUACGGGGUCCCGGCUGUGAUUGUGGCCAUUUCUGCAGCGUCCAGGCCUCAUCUUUAUGGAACACCCGAUCGCUGCUGGCUCCACGUGGACCAGGGAUUCAUCUGGGGUUUCCUCGGCCCCGUCUGCGCCAUUAUCUGUGUGAAUUUAGUAUUUUUUCUCUUGGUCCUCUGCAUUUUGAAAAGGAAACUUUCCUCUCUCAACAGUGAGGUGUCAACCAUCCAGAAUGUAAGGAUCAUUUUUCAUUUGAACAUGAAAUUUGUUGUUGCUUUCAUUUUAACCACAAAAAUAACACAAAUGUUAAAAAUUCUUAAUAUUUUUUAAAAUAUACAAAGUAAAAAUUAUGAGUGGCUAACUCCCACUUUUCCUGAGACUUCCACUUCCCCCAGAAGCCAGAGGUAACAAACUGUGUGAUAUGAUAUGUGUAAUAUUUUCCCCAGACCUUUUUCUGUGCGUUUUCUGUAGAACAGACAGGCACACCUACAGUAGCCUCACACUAUGCAAAUUUCUCCUUAGCUAGCUUUCCUCACUUAUGUAAUAUUAUAUUUUAAAAUUAGGGAUAUACAGGGGCCGGCCUGGUGGCACAGUGGUUAGGUGCGCAUGCUCCGCCUCGGCGGUCCGGGGUUUGCAGGUUCGGAUCCCGGGUGUGCACCGACACACCGCUUGUCAAGCCAUGCUGUGGCAGUGUCCCAUAUAAAGUAGAGGAGGAUGGGCACGAAUGUUAGCCCCGGGCCAAUCUUCCUCAGAAAAAAUAAAUAAAUAAAAUAAAAUUAGGGAUAUAUAGAUUCUUAAGAAGGGUGACCUUACAUCUAGGUUUGCCUGGGACAGUCCCAGUUUAUGCCUGUUGACCCAUUGUAAUUAUUAACUAGCAUCCCUUUUUAUCUCAAAAGCCUCCCUGUUUGAAUAACAAAUUAUAUGACACCGCCUAUCUAUAAAUGAUGUAGAGAGCGAGAGAGCACCCAGUUUUAGAAUGCUUUAUGUAUGGCACUAGUUUUAUUCUGUAUGCUGUCCUAAAUACUUUACAUAUGUUAAGGCUUUAUUUAAUCUUGGCAGCAACUCUCUGAAGUAGGGCUAUUAUAAACAUGACGACACUGAGUUACAGAAAGAUAAAGUACUUACCCAAGGUCACACAGUCCGUUAGUGCUGCCUUGGGUUUAAAACUGGGCAAUCUAGCUCCAGAGUCCUCGCCAUUAACAACCAUGCUAUAGGGGUGUUCAUGUCCAUUAUUAGCUUUUUUACAUCGUUGUUUAUGACUCUUCCCAGGAUGCUGACAUUUAAAGCCACAGCUCAGCUCUUCAUCCUGGGCUGCACGUGGUGUCUGGGAAUCCUGCAGGUGGGUCCAGCCGCCCACGUCAU